GAGGGCGCGGAGACGGCGGCGGAGCUCAGCGCAGGGAGAGCAGCGCCUGCCCGCAGCAGCGGCGCGUUUGGAAGCGACCCCGGGCGGGGAGCGGCUCGGUCACGUCCUUGCCCUAUACUCGCACAUCCCUUGUUUUCCAGCCCGAUGGUCCCGCGUAGGUAGUUUCAGUGGAAGAGGCUUAACUUUAUGAACUGACAAAAUAGGUAUUGUCAUUGGCACAGUGCACCCGCAGGGAAAACCUACCGAGUGAAAAUCGAAGAACAGGAAUCUUAGUUCUCCCACUUUCUUCCUUACUCUCUUUUCCGUGAGUGCUGGAGCACGUGUGGUGCAUUAGCACACCCUUACCUGGGACCUUGGCAAAAUGCUUUGCAAAACCUGUGCAAAAACCAUAUCUGUGUUGUUUGAAAUUUCUGAGGAAAAAAAAAAAAGCCACAUAAAGGGAAGAUACAAUAACAUAUGGAGAACUACUAGAAAAUAUUCUGUAUGCACAUAUUUUACUUUUUUUUUAAGGCUGUGCAACUAUUUGCUACCUUUACAAAGCAUCCUUUAGGUUGUGGGCAUGAGUGGUUGAGCAGUUUUAACACCCAUUCCAAUAAUGCUGUUUAUACAGAUGUAUUAAUGUGUGCGUGUUGAAUCUAUUUUCUUCAUGGUUCCACAUAUAGGAGUGUUCAUGUUCCUGUUCCAUGUCAUUGUGAUACUGUCAUUGCUUCAACAUUUGUGAUCAUGUCUCAUCCAAACAAACGGUAUCUUUUAGGUAAAUAGUUACGUUCAUUGUUAUGUUCUUCUUUGAAAGUGUUUCCCUAAACUUCUUCCUAAAAGUUAAUUCCUUUCUGGUUUAGUACUUUGAAAGAGUUUAAAUCCACAAAUACGUCUGAGCACUUCUGUUAAAUGCAGUCUUAGUUCUAAUUUCUGCCAUGGGAUGUUGUUACACUGUAUCCUUUGCAGUCGGUAGGUGCAAGAAAAAGCACAUUUAGGAUUGGAGUAAGCACGCACUAAUGACAAUAUAUUUUUAUCUGUAGUCAUUUGCCAGAUCCUGGCCUUUGGACAGCAGGAGAUAUGACCUAAUAAACUUUCUGUACCUGAGGAACUGAGUUGCCAUUCCUCCCACUGUGCCCUUGGCUGCCUGUACUCUAUGAGUCUUUUGUCUUUGGCUUACACCCAACACUCCUCAGUCCCUGACUGCCCUGUCAUUCUGGUCUUGCCCAAGAACAGGUGGAAAAUCGUGUAUCAGCCUCUCCCUGCAGAUAUAUGGGAGCAGAGUUGUGAACAGGGAAUUGAAAAUUCCUUCCUUUGCACAACUCAUUUUCCUCUGCCCCACAGGCAGUUGUCAGGAGCCACUUAAAUAUCUUUGUGGGAAACAGGCUCCUGUGUCUUUCAAGCACCUCUUUGACUUUUGGUUAAUGUGUGUUGUUCAGAGUACCUGUUACCUGACCCUGUUUGUGGCAGCUGUGGUGAAAACACCCAUGUGUUGGCAGUAAGUGCCCCUAAGUGCAAGAGUGCAGUUGCCUGACGCUUGGCCCAAUGGUCUGCCUAAAAUCGUCCAAACAGAACUUAAAUAACGGUGGCUUUUCAAAGACAAUCCUCCAGAAACAGGUACCAUUGUCACUUCAGAGAUUUCAUCUAUAUGUCUCCCAAAAAGGCCUGAUGUAUUUGUACUAGUCUGUGUAUUUUAAUCUGUUCAGGUAGAUUACUGGAAAAAUCUGCCCAAUAUAGAGAGCAGACAGGAAGGAAACAAACAAACAAACAAACAAAAACUAAACCAACCAAACAAGCAAACCCACAAACCAAACCAAAACCAAAAACCACCUCUCAGAAUAACACAAUGUAACAAAUACAUACAGUGAAUUUUGGGUAGCAAAUAGAGCAGAUACAUGGUAUCUGAAAUGCUGCAUUAAUGCUGAGAUGUGCUAGCCUCACUGAACAAGGAAGUUUUAAUAUAAACUCAGGACUGGAUUUAAUAAUGAGGCCUCAGCCUUUCAAUUAUAAGCAGUAGCUGUGAUCCAGUGAAGCACUUCCUGUUACUCAUCUUCCAGCACAAUCCUAUCUUUGUGUUUAAGAUGUUGCAAAAGUCUAUUUCUUUUGGGGCUUCAGAUCACAUUUCUCAUUAUCUGGCAGGACCAAGUAAGUCUGUGAUGGAUCCAGGAAAAUUCACUGUAUUAAUUCUGAAGACAGUCAGGAAAAAGCAAAUAUGGAAUCAGAUUCUUCCUGACUUGCAGAGACAUCAGUUAAAGAACAGUAGAGAGCUGUAAGACGGUAUAUAGAGUAUUUGUGGAAAGAAGCACUGAAUGUGAUAAAAACCCCUCAAAUUUUGGGGAAACAGUUGCAUAUUUUCCCAAGCCAGAUUGCUUUUCUAGCAGACAGCAUGUAGUAUUUGGACCUCCAAAUAAAAUGGGAGAGUUUGACUUCCCAGAAAUAAGUCUCUCCUGAUAGCCUAUUGUGUGUGUCUCCACUAGGUCAAGUUAAGCCAAUGGUCCAAUCUUCAAAGGAGGCUGAAUUGCACAGUUUAAAGUAUUCAUUUGUGUAUUUCCUAAUUAGAAGUUUGACUUCAUUGUCUAAAGCAAAUAUUUACAUUUCAAGUUAAUAAAUCACUAAUACAUUUAAAGGUCCUAAAAUAUAAAAAAAAAUUAUAGUCCCAUAUAUAUAUGGAAAGAUUUCCACCAAGAAUAAUAAUUCUUAAAUCAUAAAUUCUGUUAAAACUAACAUGAAUUUUCCAUUUUGUAUCAGGACAUGUCAGUGUUUUGUGACUGUGGACGAAGAUGGUGUAAGUCAACAGUGGCAUAUAUGUCUUUCUACACUUUAAUGUUCCACCUGUACUAGCCCAUAGGUAAGCUUGCCCUGUGGGUAAGCUUCCUUAGCACUUUUCAAGCACCAGACCCUGUUUUCAGUUCCUUAUUGUUUUGUCAGACCUGCGUCAUUAGGUUGCAGAUUGCUGGGUGUUGGACACAGGCAAAGCUUUUCUGGAGCAUUACAGCAAAAUUGUUAUUCAUAAUUCUGAGAAUGAAGUUUGAAAGAAUGCAUAUAUCAAUUUUAUUUUUCUUUUUAUUAUAAAUCCUAGAUAAGGAAAUAAUUAUUUCAGUGAAAAAUUUAGCCAUCUCCCCUCUUAAAUGCCUGUGAUUUGAGGGGGUCUGGCCUGCAGGGGUAACUUUUUCCAGAAGAACACAACAUUCAGUGUUGUGUAUGUGUCUAUAAAUAUUAUAGUUCUACUUGUUUCUGCUGUUGCUAGAGUUAGACAGCACGUCAGCUACACACUCAGACAUGUAAUAAAAUAUUUUAAUUUUUAGUAUUGAUGGUGGUAGUUGUUUUCAGUUGCUUUGCAGAACGGGUAAGGAAAAUAAAAGGAAAAAUCAACCAGUGUUACACAACAUGAGAUUUCCAAGCAAUAACUACAGAAAUACUAGCAUACUUCUAAAAAGGAAAAAAGAAUACACAAAGAGCUGGGUGACACUUUAAAGUGAUGUGCAUAAUAAGAAAAAAUGUACUUGAUCUUUAGUAGGAUUUAUAACGCUAUUACAAGUGAGUACAGUCAGCUGUUUUAAAGAUCUAUCAAAUGAUGAUCUAAUUAAACUGUGGAGGAAAAGAAAGACUUGUCUCAUGUCUGGCUUGAUUUAUUAAUGGAAGAGGUAACAGAUAUUAAUUGUUUCAGGAGCGAUUCGGUUACAGGAAAGAAAUCUAAUGAGGAUGCUGUAUGAAAGGGAGAAUUCCAAUAAAAAAUAGAAGACAGGAAGAAACUUUCACAAUGAUUCGUAAACUGCUUGUGCUGAAGCUUGCUUGGAAAACAUUUCAAUAACACACAUGACUGACCUGUGAUUCUUCAAGGGCUUUUCUUCAAAUUCCAAUGAGGGAUAAAGUCUCAGUAAGGUCAGCUUGUAUGGACACGAAUAGCCUAGAGGCUACUACAAACAACUCAGAAGCACAGUGGUGGCACAGUCAAUCACAUUGACUUCCAGCUGCCCUUAGAGGAUAGAAGAUAAAGCUAUUGUUACCUGCCUGGGUAGCCUAAAGCCAUAUCAGAUUAAAUCUUCACUUUUUGAAAGACUAUGGGAUUCUCACACUGUGCUUGAAAGACAUUAAGUCUGUUUUUUCUCCUGGGUAUCUUCUCCAUUCAAAGGAAGGGAAUUACCUGAUUUUGAAACUGUUCUAUAAUUGUGGUUAUCUGUACAAUGAUGUGAAAGCAUGUGGUAGGUAGCAUAAUACUGCAUGAUUUGAACCAAAAUAUGUAUGUAAUCAAUUACACAAUUGCACCAUGAAAAAUAUGGGACAAAUAAAGAAAGAAAAAAGAACAAACAAACAAAACACACACACAAAACCAAACAGCAAACCUGGGAGUGACAACUGAAGAUCAGACUAUUAACAUUCAAAAUGCAGAAUUUUGCUUACAGCUGCAUUUUUAAAAAUUCAUUAGUAGCAUAGUAGAGGCAAGAAUUAAGAUUAACUGUGUCAUUCAGCAUAACCUGAAAUUACAACCACAGUCGUCAUCGGUAUCCAGUUUUAAAAGCAACAUAAACAGAUCUGUAUAUUUUAAAUGUUAUUUCUUUAUAAACAUUCUCUUACUUUACUCUUCCAUACUUUCACUUUACAAGCACAUUCACGAACAAGAAAGGCUGUUCGGUAUGUUGCAGGCAAAUAUGCCAUUAGACAAAACUAUUAGUGUCACUGUCUUUGACAGGAGUCAACUCAGCUGCCAGACCAGACUCAGAAAUUGUGGCAUUAUGCUUUAUUUCUGAAUGAGUCUGCAUUAAAAACAAACAAACAAACUGUUGUAAAGACUUGUUCAGAUUUUGAUCCUUCAUUUUACCUACCAGCGAUUUUGAGAUUUUUCUUUGAGGCCACAAGGUCGCUUAGUUGUCCAAAAAUAUGUUUGUCAGUUGUAUUUACUUUAUUAAAAUUUUGCAUGUUAUUAAUGCAAAUUGACUUAAAAUGUGUAACUAAGUAUCUGCCCAUUUCUGUACACACUCUUGCAUGUAUAUGCAAACUAUAUGCAACUACCUCUCAUCCAUGUGAGGGUAUUCUUCAUUUCAUGCAUAGGAACCCUGUAAAGUGGUAGCCUAUUUACGGAAGAUCUUUGGAUAAUCCUUACUCCCCCUGAGUUCUUGAAUGCUCUCCUGGUGGACAUCAGAUCCUGCAGAGCCCUUACCGAAGUGUUGAUUUUGAUUCAUCCCACCUCCAGCAGUCAGCUAUUCAGGAUUUACUGUGUGACCAUUCCCUAACACCAGGAUGGUAUCGCUUUAUGAUUUUUGAUAAGCCUGCUGAGAUGCCGACCAAGUGCAUAGAGAUGAAUCGCUGUGGUACUCAAGCCCCUGUCUGGUUGUCUCUGAGGGAGUCAGAAUCCAUGCCUCGACCUGGUGAGAUCAAACACUUAACAGCUUGUGCUACAUGGCAGUUUUUCUUCAGCGCUUCAAAAGACUGCUGUCUUUUCCGAAUUCCUGUCAGCGUGAGGAACUGCGGAGAUUUCUUUGUUUAUUUACUGCAGCCCACCCAAGGAUGCAUGGGGUAUUGUGCAGAAGUUGUUACAGAUGCAAACCCACAGACCUGUGGUCCUGAGGGAAAGGAAAUUCAAGGUGUCUGUAGCAGUAACCUGGCUGCUUCAUCAUCUCCAUCUGUGUCACCACCACUACCAGCCAUUCCUGAAGUUGUAGCAGAGUUGAUCAAAGGCAGCAUUUACCUAAGGUGUACUUUCGGUGCUCCUUUUGCAAACAGCUCAGUCGGAUUCAUUAUAACUUGGUCAAGACUUUCUCCUGAAGGUAUCAAAGAAGAACUGAAACAUGAGACAGCAGUUCAUACGUUCUCACUUCUAGAACUAGAUGGGAUAAACGUCAGACUUGGAGAUAGAAUCUACUGCAGCAUUUCUACUUUUUUUGUGGAGAAGCCGGAUAUACAAAGCUCUUCUGUUGAGAGCAAGGAAUUUUUUGCUGGCAUUAAGAUACAUCCGGAAACAUAUGAUAUAUCAGAAGAUGGGAAGGAACACAAACUGGCAAUAGAAAGUAGCAUUCCUAUUCCUUGUCCUGAAUUUAGCCAGCUUGAAAGUGACUGCAAAAUCUCACUAACAUUAAUAACUGUUGACGAAGGUAAAGAGCAGUUAGGUUUAAACUUGGCUCUUUCUUCUUGUCAUGUGGAUCUUCUCCAGAAACCCUGCAAUGAUGGAAUCUGUAGUCAAGCUGUAAUUUAUUUCACUGCUGUAACAGACUUCAUGCAGGAUGGAGACAGAAUUACCAGGAUUGCAGUUGAACCUAUAUCCAGUGAGAAUUUCCUGUGGAAUGGCUAUGUUCCAGAAAGUACACAGAUUACAGUAAAGGAUCUACCCACUGCCUACUGCUACUCGUUUACUGACCCUCAUAUAAUUACAUUUGAUGGCAGACUCUAUGACAAUUUUAAAACAGGAACCUUUAUUCUCUAUAAGAGUACAUCUCGAGAUUUUGAAGUUCAUGUUCGCCAGUGGGACUGUGGAAGUCUUCACUACCCAGCAUCCUGUAACUGCGGCUUUGUUGCCAAAGAAGAAAGUGAUAUAAUUGCAUUUGACAUGUGCAGUGGUCAGCUACGCGAGUCACAGCCACACUUAUCUGUAAUAAGUAGCGACACAACAGGAAGCAAUGUCAAAAUCACUGAAUCCUACCUAGGAAGAAAAGUAACGGUUUUGUUUUCUUCUGGAGCUUUCGUUCGUGCUGAUGUGAGUGAAUGGGGCAUGAGCAUAACACUUAGGGCACCCAGUGCAGAUUACAGACACACAAUGGGACUCUGUGGCACAUUUGAUGGAAGUGCAGAGAAUGAUUAUCACACUGCAAGUGGAGUGGAAAUCCCAGACCAUACCAAUAUUCUUUCUUCUUUUAUUAAGGAGUGGAGAAUUUCACCAGGAGAGAGCUUGUUUGAUAAGACUCCUGUUUCUUUAACGUCUUCUAGAAAAAUAGUCUUCUGUGACUGUGCACUUGAAGAUGCUGGAUUAUAUCAAUCAGUGGAUAAAGAAGACACAGUUUUUAGAUCAGAACUUCCUCUGUCUUGUAAAGAUAGUGAAAACGGUAGAUUUCUUUCCUUGAUACCAGGACUGGAUGUCACUGCUGAGUACCUCGGUCCUGUUGAUCUUGUCAGAGGCUUAAAGAAGCGUUCAUCUGCGCAUGACAUGGGUUCAUCUACACUUCUGCAUGGGGAGGAUAAUCAAACCAAACUUCACGAAACAUCACUAGUAAACACACGUGUUUCUGCAACCUCAGCGGGAAAUACUGGUAUAGAAAGAGAAGGAACUUCAAGCUCAGGCAUUAGAAGAAAUUCUUACCAUUACAGUAGUCAUCUUCACAAAAGUCAAUCUGUUACAAGCAGGCAGAAGCGACAAAAUUAUUAUGAAUACCAUCCGGUAUUUCUGUUCCAAAGUCUUAGCCAAACAGACUUGGAGGGAUACAGUUACUUUUUCCCAGAGGACCAUGCCACUGACAGAGACCAAAAGUUUCUUCCUUCUUGGCCCACGCCUUCUGGCCUCACCGAGUCCAGCGCUUUGUUACUCUGCCAGCAUGCAAUAGCUAAUUCCAGUAUAGGAAGAUCUUGUGGUGGCCUUCUUGGCCGGCGAAUAGAGGAUGCGAUUGUUAUGUGUGUUAAAGAUUUGCUGCUGAAAGAUGACCUCAGUUGGGCAGAAGCUUCCUUAGCUCUUCUAGAGAAUGAAUGUGAGAAGAGAGUUUUAGAAGAAAUAAAUUAUAACCAACAGGAACUAGAAGGGUCAGUUGAGAGUCUGCUUAUGGCAUUGAAGUGCCCCAGUCUCUGCAGUGGUAAUGGGGAGUGUACAGAAUGGGGCUGUGCGUGUUUUCAAGGCUACAGCUCAUAUGACUGCAGCAUACUGUCUGACCAGGCUCCAGAAAUUACAGAGCUGGAGAAUGCUGGGCUGUGUGAUAUUCGACAGUACGACUGCACAUCAGUGAGAGCUUUUGGACGUGGCUUCAGGGAGUCACUGAAUCUGAAAUGUGAAAUUAUCAAAUUACAGUAUAGGGAUAGCCAAUGGAUUCCUGGAGAAGCUCUGAGUAUGCCAGCUGCCUUCCAAAAUGCCAGGACUGUCAGCUGCCAGUUACCAAAUGAUGACCAGCAGUCUGAUGUCAUGGAUCUGGUUGAUGAUAAACCCAUUGCCAGGUGGCAAAUAAAGAUUUCUAAUGAUGGAUUCACUUAUAGCAACUCUAAAACACUGACAUUAUAUGAUGGAGCCUGUCAGAUGUGUGAACCACAGGAGUCUGGUUUAUGUACCUUAAAGGAGAAAACGUGCAACAUAGAUGGACUCUGUUACGGUGAAGGUGACACAAAUCCAACCAGCCCUUGCUUACUCUGCAGACCUGACAUAUCAAAGUUAACAUGGUCAGUUGUUGAAAACAACCAGCCUCCAGUGCUUGAAACUUUACAGGGUAUGCUACAGACUUUUUAUGGAGAAGAUUUAGUGUAUCAGUUUUUGGCUUCAGAUCCAGAGGGCUCUGCUAUUCAUUUCACUUUGGAUUCUGGUCCAGAAGGUGCCAGUCUUUCCCCAUCAGGUCUACUUUUGUGGAAAGCUGUGUCAAUGAAUGCCCAUAAAUUAACAUUUUCUUUGACAGAUGACUGCAAUGCAAAGACUAAGGUAGAAAUAGAGGUCAGUGUAAAAUCGUGUGAUUGCCUAAAUAAUGGCUCAUGUGUGACAAACAUUAAUUUCCCACCUGGAAAUGGAAGAUAUCUUUGUGUGUGUGUGGCUGGAUUUGAAGGUGAUCUCUGUCAAGUGAAUACUGAUGACUGUAAACUUGACCAGUGUGGUAUUGGCAGAUGUGUGGAUGGAAUAAACAGCUAUUACUGUGAAUGUCCACCUGAACUUCAAGGUAAAAACUGUCAAGAUGAUGUAGACGAAUGUGUAUCCAGUCCUUGCUUCCCUGGAGUAUUUUGCUUCAAUACUUUUGGUUCAUACUAUUGUGGUCCGUGCCCAAGUAAUCUGCAGGGAGAUGGGAAGUCAUGUUAUGAAAGUUUUGAAGAUGCCAAUGUUGAAAGAAAGGAUACCACAGGAGAAAUUGGAGGGAAUAAAGAUUUUCAACAUUCAUUCUUUGAGAAGGUUUUUAGCAUCUCAAGUUAUAUUCCCGGUUCUACAGAUGUCCCUGGGAGACUUAUUUCUACAGCAAUGGUCAGUAGCAGCACUCCACCAGCCUCCACAGCAAAAAUAAUCACUGCUUGGAAGUCACAAAAUUCUCAGAGAAGUGCUUCUGUACAACCUGUUCCUGGAAAUAUUGCUUAUGCUCUCAGCACCAUCAGUGGUCAGCUUCCUAACACUGAAGAGAGUUCUUCAGUAUGUGCUGUGGUGACUGCAUCUUCAAGGAGCCAUGCUGUGUCACCCGAGAAGAAAGCAAAGGCACAAGUUGAGGCCUACAGCUACUUUAAGCCCAGCACGAAGACUUCUAGCAGCAGAACAAAUAUAAACAAAGGGCUUUCUUUGCCAAGCAAAGUGUUCAGAGGUGGAAAUAAUACUCAGAGAGUUCAGCACCUAUCAGUCAAGCAUAAAGUGAGUCCUUUGCCUUUUGUCCUUGUUGAAGUCACUGUCGCACCAAAAAUGCCUCCUGAAGAACUGAGUGAAGCAGUGAUUCCUGGAGCAGUAACCUGCAGCGAUUUACCCUGUUUUCCCGGUGUAUCUUGUGAACCAAGUCAGGACGGAAGCGCCAAGUGCGGUCGUUGUCCUUAUGGUUAUUACGGAGAUGGCUUCACUUGCAGAGCAAGAUGUAGACAAACAUGUGGCAAAAACAUGGAGUGUGUGGCACCAAAUAUUUGCAGAUGCAAGCCUGGUUAUGCUGGUUAUAACUGUCAGGCUGCACUAUGCAUACCUGAUUGCAAAAACCAUGGGAAGUGCAUUAAGCCCAAUGUCUGUGAAUGUCUGCCAGGAUACAGUGGCUCUACUUGUGAGGAAGCACAUUGUAAUCCACCCUGUCAAAACGGAGGCACAUGCUUGGCCGGAAAUCUCUGCACCUGCCCAUAUGGUUUUGUGGGACCAAGAUGUGACACAAUGGUUUGCAACAGACACUGUGAAAAUGGUGGUGAAUGUCUUACUCCAGACAUCUGCCAAUGUAAACCUGGGUGGUACGGACCUACAUGCAGCACAGCGAUGUGUGACCCUGUGUGUCGCAAUGGUGGUUCCUGUACUAAGCCAGAUGUUUGCCUCUGUCCACGUGGAUUCUUUGGUGCCCAGUGUCAGAAUGCUGUCUGCAGCCCUCCUUGUAAGAAUGGUGGUCAUUGCAUGAGAAACAAUGUCUGUGCUUGUCCUGAUGGGUACAUAGGCAGAAGAUGUGAAAAAGGUGUCUGUGAGCCAAGGUGCAUGAAUGGAGGAAGGUGUGUAGGGCCUAACCUUUGCUCUUGUCCUUCAGGAUGGAGAGGAAAAAGAUGUAACACACCAAUCUGUCUUCAGGAAUGUAAGAACGGUGGCGAGUGCAUUGGACCGAGUACGUGUCAUUGUCCUCCGCAGUGGGAAGGAAUCCAGUGUCAAACACCUGUGUGCAACCAGAAGUGUCUGUUUGGAGGCAAGUGUGUAUUGCCCAAUGUCUGCUCUUGUCGUCCUGGUUAUACUGGAGUCCUCUGUGGGAAGAAAAUUCAGGUACAAAGGCAUCGUGGUUGAAGAAAAGACAUGUAUUGAUUUAACUGCAAUGCUGCAUGGAGGUAUGAGACUGAAAAUAGCAAGAAGGUUGAAGGCAAUUACAGAGUUUAUUUAAAUGAAAGGAAUAUCCAGAAGCAUUAUUUUAAAAGAUUAGUAUUACAGUCAUGUUGUUUUGGCGAACUUCAAAACAACAAUCUUAUAGUCAUUAAAACAUAUGUAUAUUUCUAUAAUUUUUUUGCUACCUCGUGCAGAAUCCCCACAGCGUCUGAUUCUUCACUGACCUCACAGAUUUGAUGCAAACUCAAAGUUCUGCAGUUUCUUGAUGUUGUCGACUAGACUAUGAGGUUUCCUUUGUGGGAACAAGAUUGCAACAGCUGCUGUGUGUCUCUAGGAAAGAAGGCAGAACUUCUUCCCUUGUGAAUGGUACCUUCUGCUUUUAAACAUUGUUUACAUACAAAUAAUUUGGCUGUGUACAAAGCAGAACUAUUUUUUUCUUCUUUGUCUCGUAUUUGCUUCAGUCUGUUGUAAUGACUAUUUAGUAGUGAGGAAGGAGCAGGAACCUGAACCACAGCUUGGCUACUACCAGUGGAGGCAAGGAUGCAUGUCUUGUUAACAGUCAACCAGACACAGAAUAAUUCUGGUUUAUCUAUGGCAAACUUGCGUAGCCAAGAGCCAGAUACCAACUUGUCUAGUUGGACUUCAUGAUUAUAAAGUUGAGUAUGCAGCUACUGAAUGAUUUCUGUAAGACUUUUAGGCCCCUAUUUUGAGAUGGCAUUUAGUAAUAUGAGGAAAUCUUGUCCCUGAGUCUGUUAGAGAAAUUUGACAAUACUUUUAGCCAUGCUGAAUCUUAACAUAAGAACUAAGAAGAGGAGGAAUUUGAUACAUCAUGCCACCUGUAUACAUCAAAUCAGAAAGUAUUUGUAAAAACAUCACAGAGGAGGGUUUUUGUUUUCCCCCCAUUACCUAUUGUUUCAACGAACUGUUUGUUAGCACCUACCAGCUGCCAGAUAGUUUUUGAACAAAUGAAAUUCUGGUUUUCUGGUUUCCUAAAGAGAAACACCAUCAUCUUCCCCUAAAGCUGUGAAAGACAUUUCAUUUUCUGCUGCAACCAGCUGACCUCUGGUAAUAGAUACAAACAUCCCUUUAGCUAAGACACUGAAGUUUACUAAUUUGUUCUCUUUUUAAACCAAAAGUAAACGUCAUGACUUCUUGUUCUCCUGAGCAACAUAAAAUGUACAUAUGCUAAUUCUGAAUGGGAAGAAAAUAGCUCAUUUUGCCAUUUACUGCCAGUGUGAGAUGCUGAUUGCCAUAUUAUCGCUGUUCGCAGCUCUUUGCCUAGAUUUCUACUCACCUUUUGAUAGUCAUUUUGCAAAGCAAGCUGGCAUCAUUCCAGAAUGAUACCUGAUGGAUUUCCAAGUGCCCAGCUGAUGUAUUUAAAAAGUGUUUUCUAUUUCCCAGUUGCAUUUUCAGUUUCAGUGUUUCCAUAGUUACUUUUAACCAAGCAUCCCAGUGGCUGAUAGCUUGAUCUUCUGGGAACUGGUCUAUUAUUUAAAGCCUACUCCACUUGAACUGUUUCCUUUCUCACAACUCACAAAGAUCUCUAUGAACAAAACCUGACUAGCUAUUGGAAAUGAUGCCUCAGGAUGAUGCUUUGAAUACACAAGGUUCUGAAAAUGUUUUCAAAAUGCAAACACACCAAUAUCACAUAAUCUCAUAUUAUAAUAACCCCCAUUCCAUGUGUGAGUUACAGAGGUGUUGUGCUGAAGAGAGAGAUAACAUCUGUCAGGAACACUGUUAAUAGUACUCUGGUUAAUGAGUUUGUGCAACCCUCCAUUCACAAAACUGAUUCGACAUAUACAUACCUUUCUUGGAUUUCAGGCUGAAUAAAGGUUUUUUUUUUUUUAAUUAUAACUUUUAGUAUUUCUCAUUUCUUUUCAGUGGUUCUAAAGGCAGAAAUUAUUUCUUUUACAUUUUCCAAAUGCAAGCUGUGCAAACAAAAUACAUGCAGAGUUUUGGUACAGUAGUUGAAAACGCUCAGUAGUAAGCUGUGCUAUUUUCAGCAAGCACAUUAUGCAGAAAAAUUAUUAGCACAUGCAUAAAGACAGACAGCUACUUCAAAACUGCCCAGUAAUUAUGUGAUUAGUUGGAAAUGUUUUGUUACUAGAUAGUCCAUUAUACAUGUGAAACAGAACUCACUGUAAUUAGAAAGCACAUUGCAACAAUGCAGGAAAAUUGCUCAAUUUAACAAGAGACAGAAGCAUAUUGAGGGCUUGUGUACACAGGUUAACAACAUUGUUCUAAAAUUGCAUAAUGCAAUCUGAAAUUAGGCCUAAAAGAAUUAGGGGAUUUGGAAGGGGGGAGAAGGGUUGCACAGUGCAGAAGCUGCCAUGGUUCCACUCUGAUGGAGCAAAGGGCAACUUGCACCAAACUGAAGAUCUUAAUUAUUCUUAGGACAUUAUGUAGAAUAUAGGUAUCAUCACUGAAUUUUCUUGCAUGAUUUGUUUACAUACUAAACAGUGCUGGGAGGUACCUAUGUACAUCAUCCUUUUAUUGUCUGGUUGCACUAAAGUUGCUCUGCAGGCCAGCAGAGAUUCUCCCAAGUGCAGCUUGACUUUUGCCCAUGAUCUUGAAAAGAUCUUUAAGAUGCAGUAUGAUUAAUGUUUUAUGAAGGAAAGACUUGUAUCACAGAAGAUACCACAGAUCUCAGCAAGGACUCAGUUUCCUACAUUUAUAUCCAUGUUGCCUGUGAUUUAAAAAAAAAAAAAAAAAAAAAAAAAAAGUAGACCUCAUAUGAAAGGCUCUUUUUACAAAAUUAAUUAUAUAUUCUCAUAGCUGAGAAUAGAAAGUGACUUAACAUUUCCAUUUACCAAAAGCAAACCCCUGAAGAAAAAUCAGUGCAAAUGCUGGAGCAAAUCAGUAUAAAAGCUUAAACUACUUGACAAAUUGGCUAUAAUCCACUCCAUUACUUGUCCAAAUGGGAAAAUCCAAUGUUUAAAUUCUCAAUAAAACAUAACACAUGGGUGCAUAUACAAAACCAGACAUAGAUGUUAGAAAGUGUUAGCAAUGACUAAAGAUGUUUAUGCUGUUUCUCUUGUAUAAAGGUGUCACACAGCAUUUAAUUUGACUUCCACCCACAGCUCAGUUUAGCCAAUAAUUACCAAUAUUUUACAGAUAAACCAAGUAGCUCCAUUCUUGCUACAAUCACUUACAGCAAAAGAGAAAUUACAAAUGAUAAAAUGUGCAUGUAAGUAAAUUAAAAAACACUUCUCACCUUCCCACACAUGCUGUAAAAAGAACAUCCAAAACACAACCAGUGCACUACCCCUGCAGUUGUUUAUAGUGAAAAUCAGAGCAUGUUUAAGGUGUUACAGUUAGCUCUAAUAAAUGAGGGAACCUGCUCUGUAUUGUUUUUCUUGACAUUUGAGCUGCAUUUAUAACUAGUGUUUCACAGGAAGAUGAUAAAUCUAGCUCAAAAAAUUACAUGCUUUAACUAGUAUGUUCAAUCCUCCAGUGAGUGGGAAACAAAACAAAAGACAAGGAAUACUGACAGCUCUUUUAGUACAUAUACAUGGAACUGUGGAAAUAAUAAUUUGGGGUCCUGGACUGUCAUUAAUAAUACAUUCUGAACCUGUUCUACUUUAAAAUGACUACCAGAAAAUUCACUAUUAAACUCACUUAAGAUAUUGCAGGGAUUUAAAUUAUUUUUCUUAAAAACAAAACAAAAAUCGCCAAUGAAAAACCCUGUGGCCAGUAGAUGGUGCCACAAUCAAGCAGUACUUCUAAAAUACACCAUCACAUUCUGAGUGCCAUCAAAUUGCUGCUUACUUACUUCAAUCACUUCUAAACAGGGAACUAUUCAAAUGAGCAUUUGUUCUGGCCUGCUCAGAAACACCAAUUACAGGUCUCUCUCACCGACUGCUCGCUCCUGGUCUCAUGCUCCUAACAAUGCUAAUAUCUCUAUUGGCUUCUAAUCACCAUUUCUGUCACUUUUGGUUUGAUUAGUAUAAGUCCAUCUUUUCAGGAACAAUACUGAGAUACUUUACCUCUUUGCAUUUAAAUACUUCUGUUCAUGUACUCUGAAGGCUUGGGUCUGAGGCAAUUAUUUUUUUCUGUUCACUUCCCUUCAACCAGUAUAUCACCUAAGGUAUUCAGCUUAACUUCCAAAUUUAUAAAUUAUGGCAUGGUUAUUAUUGUAGUGAACUGCAACACAGAAUUUCAUCAUCAUAAAGCCUACUCCAGAACUGUGGAUGAAAUAAUAUUGUGCAACGCGUGAAACCCACAUUUUUCACCAUCAUGUCUGAAAUACCCAGUUUAUCACAGCAAAAGCAGCACAAAAAACAUACACAUGUCCAUAGCAGGUUUCAUCUGAACCAAAUGCAAUAGCCUCCAUAGCAAGGGCAGGGGAAGGCUUCUCAACCACACAACACAGCAACUGCUCCUCACAGAAAACCAGGAGUCUCAUGAACUACACCCUUGUCUUUCACUCGCCCUCUGUACACUUGGGUUCUCACUUUUAGAGAAGGCUGGUAACUGAGAAGACCCUGUUUCCUCUGUUUCUUGUCACUGCUCAGCAGUUUGUAAUCCCUGGAAAAACACAUCCAUGUAAGUCACUCUGCCUAUGAAAGCUGCAUGUUCUGGUAAGGGAGCUUAUACACAGAUACAGUGUUAUUCCACCAAAUGGAUUAAAAUAAUGCAUACGUAAAUAGAUUACAGUAAUGCAUAGUUAAAAUUGUCCCACCAAAAAUUCAAGUUUCACCCAGAAGACAAUGAAAAUAAAUCUUAAAAAAACCCCAACCAACCAAAUAAAAAAAACAAAAAACAACAACAA